AUGGCUGUUGUGGAGGCUGUGCUCCCACCUGCCAACCUCACCUCCAGCAACCAGAGCAGCUGCAAUGUGCACAACCACCACUUCUCUGCCAAAGUCACCUUCUCCCUCUUCUACACUGCCCUGCUGGUGUUCGGCGCCUGUGGGAACAUCCUGGCCCUCUGCAUCACCUUCCAGCGCAGGAAGAAGAAACUCAACUCCACCGACCUCUACCUAGUGAACCUGGCCCUCUCCGAUGCACUCUUCACCCUGGCACUGCCGGGCAGGAUUGCCUACUAUGUCCUGGAGUUUGACUGGCCAUUUGGGGACUGGUUCUGCCGGGUCACAGCCUUCAUUUUCUACAUGAACACCUACGUGGGCAUCUACUUCAUGACCUGUGUGAGCGUGGACCGCUACAUUGCUGUGGUGCGCACCAGGCACCCCGGCAGGAUCCGCAAGAUGAGCCGUGCCAGGCUUGUCUGUGUCCUCAUCUGGUCCUUGGUGUUCCUGCAGACAGUGCCGCUGCUCCUGCGGCCCAUGACGCGGAGGAUGGGGGACAAAUUGACAUGCAUGGAGUACUUCAACUUUGAGGAGAUUCCCAAGCUGCCCUACCUGCUCCUGGGGGCAUGCGUGAUUGGAUUUUUCCUGCCUGUGGGCAUCAUCUUGGUGUGCUAUGUGAGGAUCAACCUCAAACUCUGCCAGACAGCCAAGGAGAACCCUCUGACGGUGAAGAAUGGGCACCACCGCAGGGCCUUCACCAUCAUCCUCGUGGUGCUGCUGGCUGUCCUGCUCUGCUUCAGUCCCUAUCACCUCAACAUCGUCCAGUUCAUGGUCAGGAAGAUCCUGUACCAGCCAUCCUGCCGUGAACAGCAAGCCUUCAAGAUGUCCCUGCAAGUCACUGUGGCGUUCAUGAACCUCAACUGCUGCAUCGACCCCAUCAUCUACUUCUUUGCCUUCCGGGGCUACAAGCGGAGGCUGCUCCGCAUCUUCAGGAACAGCGGCUCAAUGACCACCUCCUCCACUGCCAAGACCCCCUCUGACAGCAACAGCCACAACCAGCAACCUGGCUCCGUCUCUGUCUAG